AUGUCCCUCUUUUUCCUCGCCCGCCGUCUUCUCUUCGUCCUCUUUCCAUUGGCGAUAGCAGCCACGGUCUAUCUCUAUUUUUACCCGAUCUUUCACGGCUGCGCCUUUCCCCUGCCUCGAAAGACGGAAGAAGGGGAUGGAAACCAAGGCACGAACCCGCUCCUCGCUACCUUCCGACAGCAUGUCGGUACCGCCUCCGCAGACGAACCGGCCAUCUUCAGACUGCUAGUCCUAGCUGAUCCCCAGCUGGAAGGAGAUAGUUCGCUUCCGAGUCCCGAUAAUGCGCUUUCGGUGCGGAUCCAGAAACACUGGCUUGCGGUCAAAUCGGCUCUGCAAUACCGCUCCGAUGAUGACAACGAUACUAGCGAAAGUGAUGCUGACGAGAGCGAUACCGACGACGAGGACGAGGACGACACCAACAGCCUCGAACACUACUUACAAAAUGCAUACGCUACUAUUUUGACAACUUGGCGCACCCUCAUAACCAAAGACGUUCCACGCAGCUUGCGCGCUGCUCAGAAACGGCUUGAUUUGUUGGGAAAUGACUAUUACUUGGCGCAUAUAUACCGGACGCUACAUUGGUGGACUCGUCCAUCGCAUGUCACAGUGCUAGGGGACCUGGUUGGCAGCCAGUGGGUUACGGAUGAGGAAUUUGACCGGCGCGGGAACAGAUAUUGGGACCGUGUGUUUAAGGGUGGUGAACGGGUUAGCGAUGAGAUUACUGUGACAGGACAAAAGGGACACGAGAAUCAUAAGGUGGAUGAUAAAUCCGGGUUGGAGCAACUAGGAGCCAAUCCUGCUUGGGAUCACAGGAUCAUCAACAUCGCAGGAAACCACGAUAUUGGAUACUCGGGGGAUGUCAGCGAGUCUCGGUUGGAACGUUUUGAGCGCGUAUUUGGACGCGCGAACUGGGAUAUCCGUUUUCAGCAUCCUAUUUCUGACCAUGAUAAUUCGACAGUCAUCCCGACACUGCAUGUGAUCAACCUGAAUACCUUGACCUUGGAUUCCCCGGCUCUUUCAGAGAAGAUCCAAGCGGACACCUAUGACUACAUUAAUGAUGUGAUCUCCCACCGCACUUGGCCGGUUGAGGAUCGCACGACCUUUACAUUGCUCCUCACGCAUCUCCCUAUGCACAAGGAGGAUGGAAUUUGCAUGGAUGGGCCUUAUUUUACGUAUCAUGAAAAUGACGAUGAAAGGGACAUACCCCGCUUUUUGGAAGGAGGGCUGCGAGAGCAGAACCAUCUCAGCGAACACCUCAGCACAAACGGCAUUUUGCAGGGCAUUUUUGGCAUGAGCGGGAACGAAGAAGCCCCGACUGGCGGAUUCGGCCGUAACGGGCUCAUUCUUACUGGCCACGACCACACCGGAUGCGAUGUGGUUCAUUUCGUUAAUCGGACGAACGAGGACGCGGCUGAGCAACACGAUUCAUCCGAAUCCGAAUCCGGACAACAGGCUUGGAAAUGGAAAGCAAAACGGUACUCCAGCCACCACGACGCCCGGAAAGACACACCGUCCAUCCGCGAGAUCACCCUCCGUUCUAUGAUGGGCGAGUACGGCGGGAACGCCGGUCUACUCUCCCUCUGGUUCGACGCCGACCCAACCGUAAACGAAUGGAGAUAUGAGAUUACCAUGUGCGCGGCUGGAGUGCAGCAUAUUUGGUGGGCGGUUCAUGUGAUUGACCUUGUGACGGUUAUCGUUUUCUUGGUUUACAUUCUUGCUUUGGCUUUUGAAUCUUCGAUACCAUGGAUCUUCUACUUGGCAAAGGGCCAGAAAGAGAGAAAAGAUUUGCAAAAGAGACAAAACGGUGGUCCACAGUCAAAUGGGACUACGAAGCCACAGCAGACGAAGGAGUUGAAGUCGUAG